CUGGCGCCGUGUAAAGCUAAACAUCGUGUAAAGAUUUUGUUUUCACAGAUCUUUCAACCUAUGAUCACAAUACGAUAGAAACGCACUACAGCGGGUGUGCCCAUAUCUCUUGGCCACAUACACCGGAAGGGAGGAGUGCCUGCGUUCCUGUCUGUUUCUGUUUGAGAGGAGUCUGUGACCGUGUGUAGCGCUGUUGGAGAGAGGUGGAGCUGCCGGUGCUGGUGAUGAAAGCCUCGGCUAACUAGGAAGGCGACUCUGUUUUUAAAGUGUGACAGAAAGCGAAACAAGAAGCUGUCAGCGGUAUCGCUGGGUCGCUCCGCUGGUUAAGUGGGACUACAGGGCAUUUCAGUAUGAGAUUUGUCAAACUAAUUUUUCUGUUUUGCUGCCUAAACGAUAUUGCAGGUCAGUUUGGGAACCCUUUGAACAAAUAUAUUCACCACUAUGAGGGUUUAUCGUAUGACACACAAGCCCUACACAGCCGUCACCAGAGAGCUAAAAGGGCGCUCUCUCCUCAAGACAGUACUGUGCACCUGGACUUCCAUGCACACGGAAGAUAUUUUAACUUGCGGAUGAAGAGGGAUACAAAACUAUUUGCUCCAGAUCUCAUCAUUGAUGCAUCAGGAGCAGAGGACCCCAUUGAUACAUCUCAUAUUUACAGUGGAGAAAUUUUUGGUGAAAAGGGCACACUAACGCAUGGGUCUGUUAUUGAUGGGCGAUUUGAGGGUUUCAUUAAAACCCACCAAGGAACAUACUAUGUUGAACCCUCAGAAAGAUACCUACAGGACAAGGAUGUGCCCUUCCACUCUGUCAUUUAUCACGAAGAUGACAUCAAUUACCCUCAUAAGUAUGGUUCAGCAGGUGGCUGUGCUGACCACUCUGUUUUUGAGAGGAUGAAGAAGUACCAGGUGUCAGCAGUAGAAGAGCCAGCCAAAGGUGUGACACAUGAGUUGGAUGACAAGGGCUCUGAGGAUGGUCCUGUCAUUCUGAGAAAGAAGAGAGCAGCAGGUAAAGAAAAAAACACCUGCCAGCUCUACAUCCAGACUGACCACUUCUUCUUCAAGUACUAUGGUACAAGAGAGGCUGUCCUUGCUCAGAUCUCCAGCCAUGUGAAGGCUAUUGACUCCAUUUACCAGGGCACGGACUUCAUGGGCAUACGAAACAUCAGCUUUAUGGUUAAAAGGAUCAGGAUCAAUACCACAGAGGAUGAAAGAGUCAGCAGCAAUCCUUUUCGCUUUGCCAACAUUGGAGUGGAGAAGUUUUUGGAGCUCAACUCUGAGCAGAACCACAAUGACUACUGCCUGGCCUACGUCUUCACCGACAGGGACUUUGAUGAUGGCGUGCUUGGCUUGGCAUGGGUUGGGGCUCCCUCAGGAAGCUCUGGGGGAAUUUGUGAGAGGAACAAACUGUUCUCAGAUGGGAAGAAAAAGUCUCUGAACACCGGUAUCAUCACUGUGCAGAACUAUGCCUCACAUGUCCCUCCUAAGGUGUCACACAUCACCUUUGCUCAUGAGGUUGGACACAACUUUGGCUCUCCUCAUGACUCUGGGCUCGUAUGCACCCCUGGAGAGUCUAAGGAGCAGGGACAAAAGGAGAAAGGGAACUACAUUAUGUAUGCCAGAGCCACAUCAGGGGACAGGCUCAACAAUAACAAGUUCUCAAUCUGCAGCAUAGGCAAUAUAAGCGCUGUUCUGAAAGUGAAGAAAGACAGCUGCUUUUUAGAGUCUGGCCAUCCUAUCUGUGGUAAUGGUCUAGUGGAAGAGGGUGAGGAGUGUGACUGUGGCUAUAACGACCAGUGUAAAGAGCAAUGCUGCUACAGCGCCGAUUCAGAGGAGGGCCAGAAGUGUAAACGUAAACCUGGCAAAGCCUGCAGUCCCAGCCAAGGCCCAUGCUGCACACCGCAAUGUACUUUCAAGAUGUCUGAUGAGGAGUGCAGACCAGAAUCUGAGUGUGCCCUGCAGGGCUGGUGCAAUGGACGUACUGCUCUGUGUCCUACCUCAGCGCCAAAGCCCAAUAACACCUCUUGCCAUAAAGAUACACAAGUUUGCAUCAAUGGGGCCUGCACUGGUUCCCUUUGUGAAAAGCACGGACUGGAGGUAUGUAUCUGUGCCAAGGAGGAAGGCAAGGAUGAGGCAGCUGAACUGUGCCAUGUGUGCUGCCAAGAGAAAAUGAAACCCAACACCUGUAGCAGCACAGGCUCAGAUAGGUGGGCCCGAUACUUCAAUAAGAAGGUGGUGACGCUGCAGCCUGGCUCACCCUGCAAUGACUUCAAAGGAUACUGUGAUGUGUUCAUGAAGUGUCGUCUGGUGGAUGCAGAUGGGCCUCUUGCAAGGCUAAAGAAAGCCAUCUUUGAUGCCGAAUUUUAUAGCAGUGUUGCAGACUGGAUAGUGAAACACUGGUGGGCAGUGCUGUUGAUGGGCAUUGCUCUUAUUAUGCUAAUGGCUGGCUUCAUCAAGAUCUGCAGCGUCCACACACCCAGCAGCAACCCCAAGCUUCCUCCACCAAAGCCACUGCCGGGUACACUGAGAAGGAACAGACCGCAGAACCCGCCGUCACAGGGCCAGCGCCAGCGCCAACGUCUCCCAAGAGAGCAGUAUCAGAUGGGACAAAUGAGACCCUGAUGUGAUGGCAUGCUUGUUGCCUUGGUUCUUCUUAGUGCCUACAAUAGGAGCACCUUACCCCAAAGAGUUACCUUUACCACUUAUUGCAAAAUUCAGAGAACUUGCAACUGAAACAUUUUUACCUGACAAAGCCUGAGUUUUUUUGGGGUCAUAACAAAACCCACUCAGGACCUCUGCUCUAAGAGCAAGAUUAGCAGUGGUUCACUUAGCUUUUAUAGGAAAUAAGUUUUUUCCAAGGACAAACAGUGGGACAAAUUCACAAUCUCCGUUACGUGGUCUUAAACUUUGUUUUUUAACCUUUGAGUGCUUUCUUUUUUCCUUUCUUUUUUUUAGUCAGAUGGGAGGAAAGAGAAAAGCAGCUUUGUUAGUUAUUAUUUAGUUUCUGCUGCCAAUCAAAAACUGAUUUGAGAGUUUGUGUUGGAAGAAAAUCUGUUUUUCUUUUGCCAAUGUGACACCCACCCCCCCCCCACCCCCCCAAAAAAAAAAAAUCACAUAUAACAUUUUGUUAGGCAUACAUCUGUUCCCACUGUGUGCAAUUGUAUAAAUGUUGAGGUAGUUUUGUCUUUGUUUCAAAUGAAUUUAUUUUUCUUUGUAAUAAAGAUUAUUCACUGUUUUAAUUCAUCUUCUCAGGAUCAAUAAAAUGACAACAAGCAAGUGUAAAAGAUGGCUGCUCACAGAUGUCAGGAUAGAGUCCCUCCUGGCUCAAGCCUACGCAAGCAUUCACAAAAGCUGCCACACAGUGUAGAGGACAGGGUGUACUGGAAGAAUGUAGAUAAAUGAGCUUGAUAAGACCAUAGAGUCAUCUGGUAUUCUGAAUAUGUGUAUUUGUAGUUGUGAUAUGGUUUGCAGGUGUAUUUACAAAUACGUGAGGUGGAGUGGAAAUGAGUGAUGAGAGAAUAGCUUUUAUUAAACUGAUUGUAUCGCACUUCUAUUCUGUAAUAACUCUUUUUACCUAACUGAUUGCUUUGCCUCUGAAUUGUGAAGCAACCAUGUGUGUUUUGUACUAUGCGUGUCUUUACAUUCAGAACAGUGACAGCAAAACCCAGAAUAGGUUAAACCAAACUCAAAAAACAGUGUACAGAAUUAUUACAGAAGAGAAGUGUCCUGGUUUGACUGUCCUGUGUGCGUUUUUAGCUCUUGUGAUCUGUCUGUCUUCUGAUUUUCACACAUUUGCAGUUGAAGACACCACAAAAUGCAGUUAGAUCGUUUCACUGAGGUCUCUGUGCCCACAUAAGGAGCCUGCCUGGAUUUAAAUGUGACUGUGGGAUUUUUCUUUUUUUUCUUUUUAUUGAUUUUAAUUGCAGUUGAGAUUGUUUGUAUAUGUUCAUGGAGUUGGGAAAACUAGAGAUUCUAAUUGUAUUAUUGCUUUGUUGCUGCUGUUAACAGACCUUUUUAUCAGAGUGAACAAUCACAAUGCAUCAGCCAUCCACUACUGUUCUGCCCUUUAUUUCUUUUCUACCGAUUAGGGGAGUUUUGCAAGGGGACUUUGUUAACCUUUUGUUACUCGCUUUUUUGUGUAAUUGCAUUAAAUACGUGCCUACUCAGAGCAGUGCGACUGAAAUUGGUGUAAAAGUGUCAGUGUAAGUACCAUGACUGAAACAAUGUCUGCAAUGUAGAAAUUGGAAGAAAUGUGCUGGCGAUGAUACAGAGUAGUGAUUAUAGAUACACACAUACUCUAUCAGCCAACUCAUGAAAAAUUAACAAAAAUAUCUAUGGUUUAAAUUGAAAAAAAAAUUAUUAGUAGAAUAAAAGCGAUGCCCUCUCAAAUGAGCUCUAUUGAGCACAGCUGUAAUUUAACAUUGUUUUCAGUGCUAGGAUGUCUUACAGACCAGAUUCUAUGCAGAGCAUCACAGCGUUGAACAUUUUGGCCUUCUGACUGAGAAAUGCCUCCACUGUGUCCUCCUGAAGGGUUACAUGGAAAAUCAGUUUUAAAGAAGUUGUCCAAGUGCUGCCGCAGUGUUUAUGAAUGCAAUUUUGUUGCUUCUACUUAUUUUCUGUCUUUUUGGUGCUAUUGGUUAUGCUUUUUCUUGGGUCUUGGAUUUUCUGUGGCUUUUUAAAAAAGCUUUGUGUGUUUGUGAGAGGGCUGCUUUGCUGAAACAUCCUUAUCUAUGCUAUUUUGUUUUAAUUUUAUUAUGAUGUGGAUACUUGGUGUUGAGGGUUAAUACUCUGGGAUUUUGUUUCUUGAUGUUGAGAAAAUGUGCACUGAAAUGUAAGCGGUGUAAACCGAAUCCAAAUGUUAUAGAUUCAGUUCUACUGUCUGAGUUAAUUAUUUUAUACUAUGCCUUCAAAUUGUGUUCCCCCCCCCCCUCUGUUUGUGUUCUGAUUUUUAUCCUGCUUAAUUUGAAAAUUAUACUACAUUUGCAAAAGGUGUUAUGCAAAUGUAUAAUUUCUUUCAAACUACUUGAAAUACAUUAAUAAACCAGAAAUUAUC